AUGGGCAUAGAAGAUGAUUUCAGUCACUUAAGACUGCGGGAUCACAAGGAGCAUGAAAAUUCCCGUAUUCUGGACAAAUUUGCGGACCAAAUUAAGACAGAUGAGCUGAAGCUAACGAAAGGCAAAACCAGCAAGGACAAAGCUAAUAGAGCGACGGUUGAGAAUGUUUUGGAUCCUAGGACCAUGAGGUUCCUGCGUAAGCUGAUUAAUCGUGGGGUUAUAAGCGAAUUUAAUGGUUGUUUGAGUACCGGUAAGGAAGCCAAUGUAUACCACGCGUUUGCUGGGGAUGCCAAGGAGCACUUGGCAUCAAAUGAGGGUGCUGACCAUGCUGAAGAUACUGAGGAUGCCGAAGUAGAGGUCAAGAAGAAGGAGUAUGCUAUUAAGAUUUACAAAACUUCGAUUUUGGUGUUCAAGGAUCGUGAAAGGUACGUUGAUGGGGAAUUUAGGUUCAGAAAUGCUCGCUCACAGCACAAUCCUAGAAAGAUGAUUAAAGUCUGGGCAGAGAAGGAGUUUAGAAACCUUAAGAGGAUCUAUCAAUCAGAAGUGCUUCCAUGCCCAAAGCCUAUUGAGAUCAAGUCCAAUGUGCUGGUGAUGGAGUUUCUAGGCAGGGGUGAUGGAUUUGCGUCGCCUAAGCUGAGAGAUUAUCCAUAUAAGGACCGUGAUGAGAUAUAUCAUUACUAUCAUUUGAUGCUAAGUUAUAUAAGAUUACUUUACCAGGAGUGCCAAUUAGUGCAUGCGGACUUGAGUGAGUACAAUACCAUAGUACACGAGGGGAAAUUGUAUAUGAUCGAUGUGUCACAGUCGGUGCAACCAGAACAUCCAAUGUCGUUGGACUUCCUGAGAAUGGACAUAAAGAACGUCAAUGGGUACUUUUCGAAGAUGGGAAUAGACAUCUGCCCUGAGCGUGCUAUUUUCCAGUUUGUCAUAUCAGAGUCGCUGGACAAGUUUGAGGGCGAUUACCGGUCAUACAAGGACUUGCAGGCGUAUGUUAAGAAAAACCUUCCUCUGAAAUUAACAAAUGAUGAUGAAGUUGAAGACGAGGUGUUUAGAUCGCUACAUUUAGUGAGAAACCUAGACGGUCUAGAGGAACGUGAUUUUGAAAGGUUUACUACCGGAAAAUUCGACCUACUAAAGUCGCUAAUUGCUGAGGAUAACAAAAAGGUCGCCAGCUCCUUCACAGCUACUGAACAGUAUGAUCUCACUGAGUCCGACUCUGAAGAUUCAGACGAUUCAGAUGAAUCUGAUAAUGAUUCUAGUGAUUCAAAUGAUGACAGUGAUAGUGAUGGGGAGGACUCCGAAAGUGAUGAGUACUCAGAUGAGAGGCAUAAAGAAUUGAAGGGGAAGAAGCAUGAGGAUAAAGAUGCGAAGAAGCUUCGUAAGCAGGAAACUAAGGAAGCUAAGCGAGAGAGGAGGAAAACAAAGGUGAAGAAACAUCUUAAGAAGAAAUUGGUUAAAAAAACCAAGUCUAAGAAAUGA